AUGUCUCAUGAGAAUCAGGUACCACGAUCUCUAGACAAGGUGGACGUGGCAGUUCCUUCCAAAGGCCUUAUUUAUGAUCACAUGUACACCUUUAAAGAAAAAGGAACCUGGGUAUAUUGGCCAGAACUACUCAGAGGCAUGGAGGCAGAAGAGAUGACAAAUGUACACCCCAUCUUGGUUCCAACAGUUGACUCUGUUAGGUCGCAAUAUGUAAUGGAGCUUCACAUGCGUAAUGGGGUACCCAUGCUCCUGGUUGGCCAUUCUGGAACAGGAAAGAGUUUAUAUUAUCAAAAUCUGCUAAAUAGAUUAUCGCAAGACAAGUACACCCCAGCAUCUGUUAUAUUUACGUCACAAAUAACAGCAAAUGAUGUGCAGGAGCAGAUCCUUUCUAAAUUAAAUAAAGGGAAGAAUGGACUAUAUGGUCCCCAAAAAGGCAAACUUUGUGUAACAUUGAUUGAUAAUUUGAACAUGCCAUUAAAGGCGCAGCAUGGAGCGCCAACACCAAUAGAACUCCUGAGGCAAUAUUUUGAUCAGGGACAUUGGUAUGACUUAAAAACUGGAGGAAAAAUAUUCUUGCAAAAUAUUUUAUUUUUUGCUGCCAUGAGACUUCCAGCGGGUAUCCAUCAGUGUGUAACCAAACGGUUACUUCAUCAUCUAAAUGUAUACUUCAUGAACAAUUUUUCUGAUGAAACUGUGACAAAAAUAUUUUCAUCAACAUUAAUGACAAAUCUGAAGAAAAAUGGUUUUGCUGCUGAUGUUAUGUCCACUGUUCAAAACAUCGUUCAAGCUACUCUAAGUGUCUAUACAUCAGCAAUGAAAACUCUGCGCCCAACACCAGCAAAUUCUCAUUAUAUUUUCAAUCUGCGUGACUUUUCACGAGUAAUCCAAGGGUGUUCCCUCAUUAGGAAAGAAUCAGCAGACAACAAGCAAUUUUUCACCAGGUUAUGGGUGCAUGAAGUUCUUCGUGUUUACUAUGAUCGUCUUGUGGAUCAGAAGGAUCGGACAUGGCUGUUCGAAAAAAUUGUGUCUUGCAUGGGAGAAAACUUUAAUGAACGAUUUAAAGAGACCUUUGACAAUUUGAAAGACAAUUCAGGACAGGUAACAGAAGAAUGUCUAAGAAAUCUAAUAUUUGUAAACUGUGUUGAUGGAGAGAAAAAAUAUGAAGAAGUUUUAAAUUUUGAUAAAUUUUUGAAUGUUGCAAUGACAGCUCUUGACCAGUACAACAAAGAUCAAACCAAUAAAUUGAAUAUUGUUUUAUUUAAGUUUGCAUUGGAACACCUUUCCAGAAUUUGCAGGAUUCUUAUUACCCCUUUCUCCCAUGGUUUACUCAUUGGUGUUGGAGGUUCAGGAAGACAGUCACUUACAAGACUUGCAGCAGCUUUGUCAGGAAGUCUUAUCUUUCAACCUGAUAUAACUGAAACUUAUGAUCUGCAUCAGUGGAGAGAUGAUCUAAGGAACCUACUCAAAAACUGUGGUGGCAGAAGUUUGGAGACAGCUUUUCUGAUUACUGAAGCACAAAUUAAAGAGGAGGUAUUUUUAGGUGACAUAGAACUCCUUUUGGAUUCUGGUGAAGUUCCAAACAUAUUCUCUGUUAAUGAGAAACAGGAAAUCUUGGAGCUUGUGCGACUUUCUGCCCAAGGAGGGAAUAGCAAUCUAGAUAUCAGUGCACUUUCAGUAUUCUCCUUCUUUGUCAAUCAGUGUAGGCAGAAAUUACACCUCAUAUUAUGCAUCAGUCCUGCCAGCUCAUCAUUUCGCAAGUGGCUACAUCUUUAUCCUUCAGUUAUAAACUGUUGUACAGUUAAUUGGUUUCAGGUCUGGCCUGAAGAUGCACUGGACAAAGUUGCUCAUCAUUACAUACAAGAUGUGAAGAUUUCAGAUGAUGUUAAGAGCUCCUUAGUAGUGGCAUCAAAAUAUUUUCAUGUAACAACAAGAGAGUUAACUACUCAGUUUUAUGAGUCAACAGGACAGAAGAUAUACAUUACCUCCACAGCAUAUGUUGAGCUAGUAACAUUAUUUAAGGAUUUAAUUAACAUCAAACAGUAUGAAAUAUUGAAAGUUAAACAGAGAUACAUGAUUGGUCUUGAGAAGUUGUUGUUUGCUGCAGAACAAGUAUGUGCACUGCAGCAAGAACUCUCUACUCUAAGGCCAAAACUUGUUUCAGCAGCUAAUGAAACUGCAGAAAUGAUGUUGGUUAUAGAAAGGGAAACAUCACAGGUUGAAAAAGCAUCAGCACAGGUACGAGAAGAUGAGAAAAUUGCAAAUACCCAAGCAGCUGCUGCUCAAGAGCUUAAAAAUGAAUGUGAAGCAGAUCUCGCUCAAGCUAUCCCAAUUCUAGAGGAUGCCAUUGCAGCAUUAAACACAUUGAAACCAACAGAUAUCACCCUUGUCAAAUCAAUGAAAAAUCCACCAGACACUGUCAAGUUAGUUAUGGCAGCUGUAUGUGUCAUGAAAGAUAUUAAACCAGAUCGAAUUAAUGAUGCAGCUACAGGCAGGAAGAUAAUUGAUUUUUGGGGACCUAGCAAAAAACUGUUGGGAGAUAUGUAUUUCCUUCAAAGCCUCAAGGAUUUUGAUAAAGAUAACAUACCAUUACCUAUAAUGAAGAAGAUUCGUACAGAAUAUCUCCCUAAUAAAGAUUUUAAGCCACACAUUGUAGCCAAAGCAUCUAGUGCUGCUGAAGGUUUGUGUAAAUGGGUCAUGGCUAUGGACAUGUAUGAUGCUGUCAAGAAGGAAGUUGCACCCAAGAAAGCCAAAUUACAAGUUGCAGAAAGAGAAUACAAUGCAACUAUUGCUCUUCUAGAAGAGAAACGUGCACAAGUUAGGAAGCUGGAAGAACAGUUAGCAGAACUUAAUGCAAAAUUAAAUGAGGCAAAUCAAAGAAAAAAAGUGCUGGAGAAUGAGGUUGCAGCAUCUACCAACAAGCUCAUGAGAGCUGAGAAGUUAAUUGGUGGCCUGGGAGGAGAGAAAGCACGGUGGUCAGCAGCCGCAGAAGCUCUGCAAAGGGACUACAAUUCACUGGCAGGAGAUUUACUUAUGGCUUGUGGGGUAAUAGCUUAUUUGUCUCCAUUCACAGCUUCAUUCAGGAGUAAAUGCGUAAAAGACUGGCACUGCUUCAUAAAGACGCUGAAAGUACCAUGUUCAGAUGAUUUCAGUAUAAUGAAUGUUCUGAGUUCUGAAGUCAAGGUGCAAACUUGGAAUAUCUGUGGACUACCAAGGGAUGACUUCUCAACAGAAAAUGGAGUAAUUGUUGAUACUACAAAAAGGUGGUCACUAAUGGUAGAUCCACAAGGACAAGCAAACUCUUGGAUUAAAUCUAUGGAAACAAAGAAUGGUCUGGUAAAAGUAAAAUUUUCUGAUAGGCAAUAUACAAAAAUCCUUGAGGACUGUGUCAGGUUUGGGAAGCCUGUUCUACUUGAAAAUGUGAGUGAAGAAUUGGAAACACCCUUGGAACCUAUAUUAAGAAAGCAAAUGAUCAGAAAAGGUGAUCUCUUGUAUAUAAGUUUUGGAAGAAAGAUGAUAGAAUACAACACAGGAUUUCGCUUUUACAUGACAACCAGUUUAAGGACCCCACAUUUUUCUCCAGAAAUAUACAGCAAAGUCACAAUUAUCAAUUUUGUUCUUACUGUUGAAGGACUGGAGGAUCAACUUUUGGCAAUUGUUGUGAAAAGUGAAAGGCCAGAGUUGGAAGAGACACGCCAAAAUCUGAUUGUUGAAAGCACUUCUCAUCGAGAAUCACUAAAGCAAGUUGAAGAUGAUAUUUUAAUUGCUCUGUCACAGAGCAGUGGUAACAUAUUGGAAGAUGAAAGAGCUAUAAAAAUAUUGGACUCAUCCAAGGUGCUGUCUGAAGAAAUUACAGUGAAACAAAUAGCAGCUAAGGAGACUCAGAAAAGAAUAGAUAAUUUCAGGCAGAGUUACCAACCUGUUGCUCAUCAUGCAGCUCUCCUUUACUAUUGCAUUUGUGAUCUUCCAAAUAUUGAAUACAUGUACCAGUUUUCACUGGAGUGGUUCAUAAAUCUGUACAUUUCAUCUCAUGGAAAGAACAAAACAAUGCAGCAGCAGAAGCAUUUAAAAUAUAUUCGAGAGUCCUUUACAUAUAACCUGUACACUAAGGUCUGCCGCUCAUUGUUUGCGAAAGAUAAACUGCUGUUCUCAUUCCUGAUCUGUACAACAAUUAUGAUGUCUAACAAUCAGCUUUAUCCUGAAGAAUUAGCUCUUUUGCUCUCUUCAGGGGGCUGUGAGAACGAAAUGUUGAAUCCAUGUGAGGAAUGGCUUCCUCAAGAGCUAUGGCAAAAGAUUUGUUUCAUAAGCCAGGCACCGUAUUUUGCAGGAUUUUCAGAAAGUGUGGAAACAAGGCAAGAGGAAUGGAAAAUAUAUGUGAACCACUUGCAGCCACAGACUGAGAAGUUACCAGCACCUUGGGAAACAAGGCUUUCUCACUUUCAAAAAUUAAUUGUGUUAAAAAUAUUCCAUCCAAGCCAGGUAAUAGAUGCAGUUGCUUUAUUUAUUGAAAAUCUAAUGGGCAGAAAGUAUGUAACACCACCAACAUUUGAUCUGGAAAAAUCAUUUGAAGAUUCAGACAUCACAUCACCACUACUGUUUAUCCUGUCACCUGGUACUGACCCCACAGAGGAACUAGAUAAAUUUGCUAAGGGAAAGGAUUACACUUCUAAGUUACAUGUAGUAUCACUUGGAGAAGGACAGGAAGAUGCUGUAAAAAAUUUGCUUACAUUUGCUCAGGAAGGAGGAGAAUGGGUGUGUUUACAGAACUGCCACUUAGCAGUUCCAUGGAUGAACACUUUGGAAAAUAUAUGGGAAAACAUAAGCAGUGAAAAUACAAAACACAGUUUUAGAUUAUGGCUCACAAGCUACUCAACAAAAAAGUUUUCACAAGCAAUUCUGCAGAAGAGUGUAAAGAUUGUCAAUGAGACUCCAGCAGUACUGAAGGAAAAAUUACUUCAUUCAUUCAUAUCAGGAAUAAUUAAGGAACCAGAGUUCUUCAAUGGAUGCAAGGGAAAGGACAAAGAGUUCAGAAGACUUUUAUAUUCAUUAUGUUUUUUCCAUGCUGUUAUACAAGAAAGGCGGAAAUAUGGUGCUAUUGGAUGGAACAGACCAUAUAAUUUCAAUGAAUCAGAUCUGAAUAUUUCAAUCAGACAGCUUCAGGUACACAUAAAUCAAUCAGUUGAUGUUCCUUACGAAGCCAUCAGGUACUUAGUAGGAGAGUGUAACUAUGGUGGACAUAUACUGGAUGAAUGGGACCAAAGAACACUUAACACCAUACUUUUAGAUUUCAUCAACAGCAGUGUUGUAUACAGUCAACAUUACACAUUCUCCUCAACAAAUAAAAAAUACAGUCUCCCUAUAGAUACAACAUACAAAUUUUUGCACUUAUUGAAUUUGUUGCAGGCACUUCCUACUCAAUCAACAACUGAAAUACUUGGUCUUCAUUCUAAUGCUGGAAUUAUAUGUGGAAUUAAUGAAUCCAGGCAUUUCAUUCAAAGCCUACGAUCUGCAUAUGGUAACUUGUUAAGUGCGAAAUAUAAAGACUUACACAUGGUGGAUCACAUGCUGAUGCAUAUAUUGCAGAAGAUACCAGAUAAAUUUGAUGAGAAAUAUAUAUGUGAUAAGUAUCCAGCACUCUAUCAAGAAACCAUGAAUUCAGUACUGAAUCAAGAAGUUGGACGUUUCAAUACUCUGUUAAACACCAUUAAAACUAGUCUUCAUACACUUCUAGAUUGUGUUAAUGGUUUAUCAUCCCUCACUUCUACAUUUGAAGAUGUUAUCCUUUCCUUGGUGGAGAAUCGAGUUCCUUCUCUCUGGAUUAAAGCAUCAUAUCCCAGUGUGAAACUACUAGGUAGCUACAUCUCAGAUCUGCAAAAACGUGUAAAUUUUUUUAAAGACUGGUGUGAAAAAGGAAUACCAUCAUCUUUUUGGUUACCAGGAUUCUUCUUCACUCAAGCCUUUCUUAGUGCAAUUAAGUUAAAUUAUGCCAGAAAACAUGGCAUUCACAUUUGCAUGUUGGACUUUGACUUUGAAGUUCUUUCAGUUUAUUCUGUGAAUGAGGCUCCAGAUGAUGGUGUCUAUACAUAUGGAUUGUUUUUGGAUGGUGCUCGUUGGGAUUGUAUCAGGAACCAGCUGGCAGAUCAAUAUCCGAAACAAAUACAGGAAGAGAUGCCAAUAAUUUGGAUUAAAAUUGCAGAGAUCUCUAAGUUAACAUGGAGAAACUUUUACGUAUGUCCACUCUACAGAACACCUGAACGUCGAGGAAUAAUUAUGACAAAUGGGCUAUCAACAAAUUUUGUGCUAGCUAUGUUAUUACCAAGUGAACUUCCUCAAUCCCACUGGAUAAAGAGAGGAGUAGCACUUCUCUGCCAAACAAAUAAAUAA